AUGGCGUGUGGCAGCGGACGGGUCACCAUCCAGCUGGUGGACGAAGAGGCAGCGCCCGGAACCAGAGGCCCGAAGCCCUUUCGGGGCCAGAGAUUCGAGGCCAUCCGAGCAGCCUGCCUGGAGGAGGGGAUCCUGUUCCGAGAUCCCUACUUCCCUGCUGGCCCUGAUGCCCUUGGCUACGAUGAGCUGGGGCCAGACUCGGAGAAGGCGAAAGGGGUGGAAUGGAAGAGACCCCAUGAGUUUUGCGCUGAGCCCCAGUUCAUCUGUGAGGACAUGAGCCGAACAGAUGUGUGUCAGGGGCGCCUAGGUAACUGCUGGUUUCUUGCGGCUGCUGCCUCCCUCACUCUGUAUCCCCGACUCCUGUGCCGGGUGGUCCCCCCUGGACAGGGUUUCCAAGAUGACUAUGCAGGUGUCUUCCAUUUCCAGCUCUGGCAGUUUGGCCGCUGGGUGGAUGUUGUGGUGGAUGACAGGCUGCCGGUGCGUGAAGGGAAGCUGAUGUUUGUGCGCUCGCAUCAGAGGAACGAGUUCUGGGCCCCGCUGCUGGAGAAGGCCUAUGCCAAGCUCCACGGUUCCUAUGAGGUGAUGCGAGGCGGCCACAUGAAUGAGGCUUUUGUAGACUUCACAGGCGGCGUGGGCGAGGUGCUCUACCUGAGGCAAGACAUCCCAGGGCUCUUCUCUGCCGUGCGCCAUGCCCUGGCCAAGGAGUCCCUUGUGGGAGCCACCGCCCUGAGCGAUCGGGGUGAGUACCGCACAGAAGAUGGGUUGGUGAAGGGACACGCGUACUCCGUCACGGGCACGUACAAGGUGACCCUGGGCUUCACCAAGGUGCGGCUGCUGCGGCUCCGGAACCCAUGGGGCCGUGUGGAGUGGACUGGGGCCUGGAGCGACAGCUGCCCGCGCUGGGACGCGCUCCCUGCGGAGUGGCGAGAGGCCCUGCUGGUGAAAAAGGAGGAUGGCGAGUUCUGGAUGGAGCUGAAGGACUUCCUCCGCCACUUCAACACCGUCCAGAUCUGCUCGCUGAGCCCAGAGGUGCUAGGCCCCAGCCCCGCUGGAGGCGGCUGGCACAUCCACAUCUUCCAAGGCCGCUGGGUGCGUGGUUUCAACUCUGGCGGGAGCCUUCCCGGCACCGAAACCUUCUGGACCAACCCCCAGUUCCGACUGACGCUGCUGGAGCCUGAUGAGGAGGAAGAUGAUGAUGAGGAGGGGCCUUGGGGGGGCUGGGGGGCAGCAGGAGCGUGGGGCCCGGCCAGGGGGGGGCGCAUCCCCAAGUGCACUGUCCUUCUGUCACUCAUCCAGCGUAAUCGGCGGCGCCUGAGGGCUCAGGGCCUCACCUACCUCACUGUGGGCUUCCACGUGUUCCAGAUCCCAGAGGAGCUGCUGGGCCUGUGGGACUCCCCGCGCAGCCGCGAGCUCCUGCCGGGCCUGCUGCGCGCUGACCGCUCGCCCUUCUGCGCCCGCCGCGACGUGAGCCGCCGCUGCCGCCUGCGCCCCGGCCACUACCUGGUGGUGCCCAGCGCCGCCCACGCCGGCGACGAGGCCGACUUCACGCUGCGCGUCUUCUCAGAGCGCCGUCACACCGCUGUGGAGAUUGAUGACGUCAUCAGCGCCGACCUGCAGGCCCUCAUGGUCCCGUACAUGCCUCUGGAACUGGGGCUAGAGCAGCUGUUUCAGGAAUUGGCAGGAGAGGAGGAAGCACUCAGCGCCUCUCAGCUCCAGACCUUAUUAAGUAUUGCCCUGGAGCCUGCCAGGGCCCAUGCCCGGACCUCCGCCCGGACCUCUGCCGAGAUUGGGCUCAGGACCUGUGAGCAGCUGCUGUGCUGUUUUGGGAACGGACAGAGCCUCACCCUGCAUCACUUCCAGCAGCUCUGGGGCCAUCUCCUGGAGUGGCAGGCCACAUUCGACAAGUUCGAUGAGGAUGCCUCUGGAACCAUGAACUCCUAUGAACUGAGGCUGGCACUGAAUGCGGCAGGCUUCCACCUCAACAACCAGCUGACCCAGGCCCUCACGAGCCGCUACCGGGACAGUCGUCUGCGCGUGGACUUCGAGCGCUUCGUGUCCUGUGCGGCCCAGCUCACCUGCAUCUUUCGCCACUGCAGCCGGCACCUGGAUGGAGACGAGGGGGUCGUCUGCCUGACCCGCAGACAGUGGAUAGAGGUGGCCACCUUCUCGUAGGAUCUCCGCACGGAACCCCUGCGGCUCGAGGCGAAGCGCUGCCAGGAGCCCGUUCUCCUUGUCCAGCCUGGACUGGGCUUUGUUCAACAGGGUGGGGGUCUAAGCCACACCAAACCCUCUACCUGGGUCUGCUGCUCUGCUGCCCCUGGAGCCGGCGGGGGCGGGGGGGCAAGGUCUGGCCCCACCACUCGGCCAGGCAGGUCCCUGCCUCCGUGCUCUGCCCUCCUCACCUAUAAGCAGGGACAGUCCCAGCCCUUUUCUGGUGCAGGCCACACUAGUUAGCACUGGAGACAGCGCCUGACCUCAAGCAGGUGCCCCGUGGCACUGAGGUUUACACACUUGGGGGAGACAGGGAUCUCCCUUGCUCAGCCUUGCUCUGGGAAGAGGUUCUCCUGUGGCUCUCCUAAGAAGCGGAGAACAGAGGAGAGAGAAAGAGAACACGGUAGGAAUCCUUCUUAAAAAUAUUACAUGUUUUAUUAUCCUGUCCCCAGAGGGUGGUUUAUCCAGAAACCGAGAAAAUAAUCAAAUCAGAAUAAACUCAAAAAAGGGGGGAAGGGAGCAAAACCCAUCAACUAACAGGCAGCCAGGCCGGCAGCCCACCCUCCACCUCAGGAGGGUCCCAGAGACCCAUGCCCAACGACAGACAACAGAGAAAAUUCAGUGAGGGGCUGGGGGAGGGCAGCAAAUCAGCUAUGUCUUCAUUAUGAGAGCAAGAGGCGGCGAAGAUAUGUUGCUAGGUGAAUAUAUAUUUAUAUAAUAAAUCCGUAAGUUAAUAAAGUAAAUAGUAAUUCUCUGAAAGUUUUUAAUUCCUUUUUUUAUAGGUUUUUUUUUUUUUUUUUUGGUGGAUUUUUUGUUGUUUUGUGGUUUUUUUUUUGUUUUGUUUUUUGGUCCUUAAAAAAUCGGAAACACAGGUCCGGACAAAGCAAGGUGGGGGACCGGCUGGGGCUGAGAGGCUGGUCUGCCAACCCUACUCCUGUUGCAGAAAAGGGGAGGUGCGGAGUUGCACCCCCUCAUCUCCUGGCAACUGCAAGUUGGGAAGAAGGGAGGGGGCGGGGUCCUCUUUCCAUGUCAGGCAGCAGUGUCGCCCUCUGCUGGGCCCCCUGUAGGGCCCAACGCAGGCCGGGCGGUUCCUGGACAAGGCACAUAGGGCUUUGGCCUGGAUGUGGGAGGCCUUGAAGGGACCUCGUGGGGAGCAGGGAAGGGGCGGGCAAAAGAGAGACAAGGUGUGGAGGGCAUUCCUAGGGCCUGGAGGUGACCUGUUUCGCUGUGGGAAUCCACUGUCUCUUCCACAUAGUUAUAAAACAAAACAACAC